AUGCCAAUCCGUGCUCCCAAUAUAAGAAUUAUGCCAGCCUCCGGAAGACCUGAAAGUAACCCAGACUACGAGCCCAACAUCCCUGAGCCCACAUGCAGAGCUGAUCUUCUGAAAUACUGGAUUAGCCUUUCCCUGGAUGACAAGACAGCCAAUAAAACGCUGUGGAUAACAGAGGGUGGAUCCAAGGCGUCACGCAUGACCGAUGAUGUCACUUGUCCCGUCCUGGACACGCCAGAAAGAUAUGAGCAUGUCCCCCAGGUUCUUUGCAAAGAAGGCAUCUCGGGCUUCCGAGCUUACUGGGAGGUGAACAAUUCAGGAUGGGUGAUCAGCGGAGUCGCCUAUGAACGGGCUGGGAGGAGGGGAUGCGACGGACAGUGCGGGUUGGGAGAAAAUGAACAGUCCUGGGGUCUUGGGUGGGGUGGAUCCCACUACCAGCUGUGGUUCAAUGGCAAUAAUACAGAAAUCUGGAAUAUUCCCCAGUACACCACCAUCGGGGUCUACCUUGACCAUCCAGCUGGUGUACUCAAUUUUUACGGCAUUGAAAAAGCAGAGGAGGGCGAGGGGAGCGAAGCCAGGAAGGAGAUCCAUCUGCUGCAGAAGAUUAAGAGCUCCUUCAAGGGGAGAAUGUUGCCAGGUUUCUGGGGUGGCGGGGAGGCUAGAGGCGAUUUAGAAAGGUCACAAGUUUCAUCACAGGGCACACCAAAAGCAAACCCUGCAGAGGAGGGUAAGGGUGAGCUGGAGGCUCAGUGCGGGAAUGUGACCAUCCACUGCAUGCACAUGUGA